AUGAAUUCGGCCAUUGAACAAUUGAAAUUAAAGUCAUCGAACACUUUUCAAUCUCAAGUGAAAUUAAUCAAUCAAAUGAUUAUCAAUAAUGAGUUGAGAUCUGCAUUGCUAACCAACGCAUAUUUCCAGAUUAACUUCGAUAAUUUAGAACAAUAUGUGCAUAUUUACACUCAAAUAACUAACACUGCAUGCUCUUGUCUGAUAGCAGAUUGUGACCAUAUAAGAUUAGGUUUUUACGACAAAUUUGGCACACUCUAUGCAUACAAUCCAGCUGAUGACAUAUGGAUCAUCCCAGGAAUGUUAUCUGGUUGUCUGCCGGUGUCUUCACUUCUUAGUUCAACACUCAAAUGCUUUUAUGGUCAAGAUUGUGUCGAUCAAAUCAUUUCAUAUUUUUCAACCAAAACAAAAUUCUACGCAAUGAAAGCAGAUAAGAAAAGUGCUUAUAAAAUCGAUUCGAAUGUCCAAACAAUGAUUGAAAAUUCCAUGAUCGAACAUUUCCUAUGA